AUGAAGAGAACAGGGGUGAUUCAUGCUCUUGUGUGUGUGUGGUACAUAAUUUGUCGUCAUAAACUUGAACUUCUAAAAGUAGCUGAGGACGUUCUCAUUAACAAAGAACGGGAUGUUGCAGUUCCCAAUCGUUUCUUCUCUUUUUCAACGGAACAGAACACGCGGAUCAUUUUUGUGUGUGGUUUCAUCCUGGCAACACUCGUGGAGCCUUCGUCGUCGGACAUGUACCUGCAUUUUCCACACGGAUCGAACAAUCGCUUGAACGGAAAUCAAGACAAUGUAAGGAACGCAAACCGAUUGUUUGACUCACAGAAUAACGGUAAGGCUGGUUACAAUGUUGGGGACAAACUUGCUAGUAACCCUGGAGACAACAUUCAAGAGUUUAGACAGCUGCCACAGGAGUUUUACAUGAGCGGAUGUGACGCCAAGGCCAAAACUGAAGUAGAAAUCAUGUGGACAAAUCAGCAUGGGACUGGGCCCAAGACUGGCGACAUAGUGGAAUCACAAGCUAUUUUACAGUACAUGUGUCAGCCUUAUCCCGAGGGAAAGAUGGCAACCAACGAUGUGAACAGAGAGUUUAAAUACCAUACGAUUCGUAACGGCCAAAACCUGGCUACUCAGUCAUUUUCAAAUAAUAAUAGAGAGAACGCUUACAUAAGAAAAGACCGCGGCUUGCACGAACCAGCCAAUUACUACCAGGCUUACUUCCGCCGAGAGAGAAACAAAGGUUUGUUCACUGCUGACCAACAACUUAAGGGCGUUCUGCCGAUUUACACGAGACAAAACCCUCAAGGAACAAGAAGGGGCUUGGAGGUCCCCGAGGAACGCGAUUAUUUUCCCUACUGGGGUCCCAGCCCUUGGAAGGACAUUGCUAUCAUGGUCAGCGAUAAAAAGACCGAGGAGCUCAUGAAAAAAUACGUGAACAGUCCUGAAUAUGGACAAAAAUAUAUGUGUAUUAUGCCAACAACACUGAAAGAUAACCCUAACUGUCCACGAGACAACUCUAACAACCUCGCCAAGCAAUGUGUUGCCAAGUACAUCACUGAGGAUGCUUGCGAAAAAGCUGGAGGGAAGUGGACCAAAUUUAUCACAAACUACAUCGAGAAAACCUCUGGCGUGUUGAGCACUUGUCAUAACAUAGGAGACAUGAAACUGAGCAGAGGGUUACCGUAUGAACCACACAAGCUUUCACAAGGAGCGGAUGGAAAGGAACAAUUUGUUCUCCUUCACAAGACUCCUGAUGUGAUCUACGCCCCAUCCACCGUCGUUAAUCACAACGGGUUGAACAUGGAAGGAAAGUUUUCGUCUUAUAAGUGGAAAGUACCUUGUUUCGCAACAAAUACCACUCAACGUUGUGUGCUGCGCAUAAGGUACAACAUCACCACCGCUGACGCACCAAGGGAGUUCGAUGCUAGCAAUAACAAGAACGUUACAAAUAACCCAAAGACAAAAGCCGUUGAUGGAAAAACUCUUUUACAACUCGCCUUGAACACCGCGCAGCUUUCGCGAACUUUCCAGGAUAGAAGUCACGUGAUCCUCCUGAAGCCUCGAAGUUCUCUUCCAAAGGAACAUCAGCAUCGCCAAAUUUACUACAUCGGAGGAAUGGGAAAGAGAGGGAACAUCGUGCAGGCUUACCCUGCCAUGGAAUAUCGCUUUACUCCUGAACGUAUUACGGUAACAACAGAGGACAUUGUGUGUUUCGUUUGGUCAGGUUCAAACAACAACCAAAACAAUGAAGGACAAGGAACAGCGCGUACUGAUCGCACCAACGUGUGCUGGAUGAAAGAAGGAUGCCAAUCCCUCAAACCAGAAGCGUGUUCCAGUCUGCCUCUUGAAGUAGUUGACCAUAUUGACAAGUUUGACGCCGAUAAGUUAAAUCUUCACCUGAACAAGGGCUGUUACGAACAGGCCAACUUGCAAGCUCAGCUAAACAACGCCCCAGCCUCCUGCAACCCUCCGUGCUUCCGCAUUACGAAGCCUGGGAACUACUGUUACAUGGGCACGCGUAAUAACAACUUCUCCAACCGACGUCACAUGGGACAGAUCACUGUCACCGAGUCUGUGAAAAGUUGA